AUGUCUAGUAAAUAUUCAUCGAUUGGUUCGUCAUUUUUAAUCGACAACAUUCUUUCGUCAUCAACUUCAAAACAAGUCUCUGCUUCUGCUUCACCAUCAUUCACAUUAUCUCAACGUUACCAUGCAACAAGUGCAUUUCAUUCAUGUACAAACAAAGAAAAUAUGAUUUCAUCUCAUCUUCAACCCAUUUCAUCAUCAACACCUAAAAAAUCGAUGAUAACAUCAAUAUCACCUAAAAAGCGUUUUGGUCUUCAGCCACUAAAUCCAAAUAUACCAUCUUCAUUUUUUCAAGUACAACAACAACAACAACAACAAUUACCAUCGUUUGUACAUCCAUCAUAUACUCAACAAAAUGAAAAUAAUUUGCCUGUUAAACAACCUCGUAAGGAACGUCGUAUGUGGGCAUGCGAUCGAUGUGGUAAAGCAUUUGAUCGUCCAUCAUUGUUAACUCGACACAUACGAACACAUACCGGUGAAAAGCCUCAUGCAUGUGAUGUAUGUGAUAAAGCAUUUUCAACAUCAAGUUCAUUAAAUACUCAUCGUCGUAUACACAGUGGUGAGAAACCACACAUUUGUGAGACAUGUGGUAAAUGUUUUACAGCUAGUAGUAAUUUAUACUAUCAUAAAUUAACACAUCAAAAAGAUAAACCACAUAAAUGUUUACAAUGUCCAAAAAGUUUUUCGACUCCCGGUGAUCUGAGAUGUCAUUCACAUGUUCACAAUGGUACAUGGCCAUUUCGAUGUCCCGAAUGUUCACGUGGUUUUUCCAAACAAACAAAUCUAAAAAAUCAUCUAUUAAUUCAUAGUGGACAAAAACCUUUUGAAUGUCAAAAAUGUGAUAAAAAAUUUUCAUUAGCAUGCAAUUUAAGAUCACAUAUUCGAACAAAUCAUAAUGAAAAUACAUCAGAAUCAAAUCGUAUUCUAUCGACACCAUGUGAUACAAUCGAUGAAAUUGAUAUGGAUAUUGAUGAUGAAGAAAUAGAUGUUGAAGAUGAUGGUGUAUUGUAA